AUGACUGAGUCGGCUGUUGUCACAACGACUUUUGGUGGCCACCAGACCAACGUCAACAAAAACUCGAAAACGCAUGGUGGCAGUUUGACGACCGCAAGAACGACGACGGUUAUUCCUCCCGGAGGCGCUCUCAUGUCAACCUCUGUGAUAUCUAGAGUCGGAACUGGAGCUGGAGCUGGACGAGAACAUGGACAUGGAAGCCGACAUGGAUGCACCAGCACAGGCACAGGCACAGGCACAGCUACAGGCACCUUGACGACGCCAUCUUCGGCUGUGAUUACGGCUACUACCUGUACCUGCACGCUAGCGGGCUCAACUUCCACUAUCAGCUCCACAUCCAAGCCUUCGACAGGUGCUGUAACGUCCAUGUCACAGGGAGUGUCCACAAACAUGCCCGCAGCAGGUGCAGGUGCAUAUAUCACGAAUGACAGACAUGGAACUCAUCAUCAUCGCCAUCAUCCCUCCUCAUCUCCCCCAGCUGUCGCUGCCGCAGCAAGCGGCCAUGAUCUCGACGACGCCUAUGCCCACGUCGACGACCAUGAGUCUCCUUCGCUGAAGCUGCAUUCGCACCGGCAAUCGCAUACCUCGUCCAAGCUGCCGUCGUUUCGUGCUGCAGAUGUAAAGAGCGGAUCCUCGGCGCCGUCAUCGUUCCCCUCUCAACCACAACUGCACCCGCACAUGCACCGCCUGCACCACAACCUUCCAGGUCCUGAUCCUGGCCAGGCGCCGCACUCACAUCACGGCGCCCCCUCGCCAGUGUUGCCCAAUCCCGUGCCCGAACACAACCAGGCCCCAUCUAUCCCCGACAACAUCGCAAACACGGACAGCGUCGCAGACGAAGCCAGGGAACAAACGACAACAUCACAUCCCUCUUCAACCCUCACUGCAUCGCCCUUUGCCAACUCACCACCACGGCCGACUGUGCGCUCCCGGGCAUCAUCUUACCACACUUCACCGGAGUCUGCAACUUCGUCCACGUCGUCUCCGUCGGGAGACUUGUCCCCCGUCAACCGGCAGCGUCCCGUAUCUUGCCCUGAAUCUGGCCUUGCAAACGUCGAUCACACGUCCUCCCCGUCCUCUGCCACCGGCGGCACCAAAUAUCUAACCCGCCGGGGUCCUGCUUCGCGAAGCUCAAACGGUGUUUCGACAUCCGACGGCCCGCCACCUUCGCUCAACACUCAACGUCUUCACGCCGUGGAGGCGGUGGCCCGAACCGCUUCUCAGGCACAGGGACCGGUACAGGCACCGUCACAGUCACAGCAUUCUCCUGAAACACCAAAGACUGAGGGUGCACAAGGCCAACGAGAGUUCCUUCUGCUCAAGCGGCUGUCCGAGUCCAGCGCAUCAGAUGAAGGUCGACAGUCCAUCCAUCAACGACGUCCACCAGUAUCCGGCAGAUCUACCAACAAGAGACACAGUAUUCAGCCUGCUGGCAACCUUCCCCCCGGCCAAGUAGCGCCAAUUCGGGGAUUACGCUCAUCAGGCUCACGCAAGAGCCUAACGCAGGAUAUGAACUUCACACCUCGCCCUUACGACUUGGGCGAAUCUUAUGCAACUUCUCCUGAAGACCACACGCUGCACAACUUUGGUGGCAGACAACCUCAAGGCGGGGUUUCCCUGAACCACACCGACUCUGGCCGGCAAGACGACGGCGGCGAUGUCUUUUUGAGAAUAGCUAGAGAAGAACCAGUGCGUCGUUUGCGAGACGAGGAGAACUUUGACGAGACCCAGUCGUCGGUGUCCGGAGUUAGGAGAUCUUCCCACCGUCGCCCCCUGUCGACUUUUGUGCCUUCGUAUCAGCAUCAGACAUCACCUCCAAGAGCACGGCGAUUGUCCGACCAACAAGACAGACCACGCCCUACACAUCUCGAGGAUGACCAAGGAAGUGAAAUCUCCCGGACCACCACAUUUCGCUCCUUGGUUCGGGAGAAAGCUGCCUCUGUGCAUCCGGGUGACGAGAUUCAGCGGACGCGCUCAGGUGGUGCAAACCUGCGUCCAUCUCCCCUCUCCGCACGAUCCACAGUAGGCUAUGAUAACAAUAGCCAGGAAGGGAGUAUUUACGCGCGCAGGCGUGCGUCAAUAACUGAUAGCCAUUCGACACUGGGCGCUCGUAGCCCUGGGUACAGAGCAUCUGGACUGAGCCACAGCCGAAAUCACGGCUCAUCCCCCUUGGUCAAGACGAUUGACUUUCAGAACAGAGCAGGGACGGAUGGACCUCAUGCCCUCGAGGGAACCGAGUCUACAGCAUCAACCACAGCACCAUCGACUGUCUGGGAUGAGCUUGACGAUCUCAAAUCUCGAAUCAAUAGACUCGAAUUGACCGGCAAGAUACCGCCUACAUCUGGGGCUGCAAUCUCCAGAAUGUCUGACGAGCGGCCAGCUACGGCGACGACGACGGUAACGACCAUGUCUGGAUCCCCCAAACGGCAGCUCAAUGGCCAGAUUGCCGACGUAUCAAGCACUACAUCCUCGCAAAAAGAGGCACACCCUAUUCUCCACGCAGCUCUACUCAAAUCACGGCCGUUUUUGAGUUCAGAAGUUUAUCAAGCUCUGGAGUCGGCUGCCAAUGAUGCUAUGGCGCUGUCCUCGAUGAUGGGCAUCCCAGGACAACCGGGACCGAUCUCGAGUGCAGCCAGUGUAAUCGGUACCGGACCGCCACCCAUCACAGACCGACAACUGCGGAGGAAGGCUGAUUCGGUUUGCCGAAGCCUCACAGAACUUUGCGUGGCUCUUGGGGAGGGAGUUGGCACUGCCAAGGCUCCAGCACCGACCAGCCCGCCAGCGAUGGUCCAACAUGAUGGACCAGCCACACCAACAAUACCAAAAUCCUAUAGCGGUCUUCCUGCCCCUCGUCGACCCAGCGUAGCGGAGCAGGGCAUACCGAAAUCCAUCAGCAGCCCGAGGGCUUUGUCCAAGUUUGAAGAGCGCAGAAGCUCUAUUCUGAAUGGAACGAUGCUACCUUCACCACGUCCCACAGGUUCAACACCCACUACGCCGAGCGAAGGAAACCCUCAACGAAGAUCGUCCCUUAUGAUUUCACGGACCCGUCGUGCCGGAACUGAGGAGCCAGAGCUUACUCGAACACCAACAACAAUAUUGAGGUCUCGACGCGCUGGGACCGAAGAACCAGAGGAAGGUCGACAGACGUCAUUCUUCUCAAGGAAUCGUCGAGGCACAGUGGGCGAAGACGGCGACGAAGGAAGAUUCCGACCUCCCUCCCGGGCUGGGACAGAUGUCAACAUGCUAAGAGGUCAAGGACGAGAGUACCCAUCGGAAACACAGGCGACGCUGCCUGACCAUACUUCCCAGGUCCCUUCAGCACUUCCACGUCGCAGAUUUCUUUCGACCAACCACCACCCCUCGCGUCUUGCUAGUCCUGCCGGCUCCAAUUCUGUGUCGCCAAGGAGGUAUUAUGAUCGACAAACAGGAGAACAAGAUAUGGCCGAGACUAGUACAGAGUCACCAGUUCAACGACAAGGCCCACCGCUGAGUAAAGGCAUCGCCCACGCCCGUACUAGUAGCCUUAGCACGCGGCGAAAUAGGGAUAGCAUGAUUUCGAGCCCUGGCGCCGCAACCGGGUCCUAUAGAUGA